CAAUACCAAAUCUCAAACAAAAAAAUCAAAUCUUUUUCUUUGAGAUCAAAAGCUUUCACUUUUCUAAGAAAAUAAACAAAAGCUUUGAGAAAAAAAAACAAAGCUUUCGAUCCAUGGAACCUGCAGAUUCUUCACCACCACCACGAGAUACGUCGGAGCAGAACUCAAUUCCGUCGCCAAAUGGAGAACCUGAGACUUGGGUUGAAAAUUUUAAAAAGGUUGCUACAGCUCUGGAUUUAGCAAAACGUUUGAGCAGUAAGAUCCGUGAGACCACUUCUGAGUUUUCACUUCAGCGGGAGGAAUAUGAAAAGGAAGUGGAGUUGAAGGAGAAAUUGUUUACGGAGCGGUUUGUGGAGCUGAAGAGGAGGGAAGAGCGAGUGAAGCUGGUUGAAGAGAGAGAGAUCCAGGUUGAACUGGCUGAGGCUUCAAUCUCUGAGCGAUCAAGUGCUUUGGAGGAGAAAGAAAAUGAAUGUGAUAUGAAACAGUUCCUGGGAGAUAAUGUCAUGAGAGAGUUGAAGGAGAAACAUGGAGAGCUGAUGAGAGAGUUUGACGCAAGGGAGAAUGAGCUUAGGUUUCUUGAUGAAACCAUUAGCGAGAAAUCGAAUGCGCUGGAGAAGAAAGAAGUUGACUUUCAACUGUUUCUUGAGUUAAAGGAGAAGAAACUUGAAGAAAGGGAGAAAAAGCUGGAAUUGAAACAGAGAGAAGUUGAAGAAAGAUCAACAAAUGCUGAGACUUGUAAGAGAUCUAGGGUUGAAUCUGUAUCAGCAAACAAGGGUAGAGAUUCUGAGUCUCUGAUCCCCCCUGGCAAAAAACAUAAAAGCAUUACAGAACUCUACCAUGCUAGUGAAGAGAAGAAGAGUGUGCUACAUGUAAAGAGAAGUUCUGCUCCUGCAUCUGCACCUGAAUCUGAGCAUACAAGUGAAGCAAAGAGAAGAGAGGCUUAUGAAAUUGUCUGCAUAGAUGAAACUGAUGAUGAGGAUCCUGAGCCAUUCACUUGUCCUGAUCCAGACUUUAACGAUUUUAACAACGAGAUGAGCUCUUUCGCCGUGGAUCAAAUAUGGGCUCUCUAUGAUCCUAUAGAUGAUAUGCCUCAAUACUAUGCUCAGAUCAGGAGAAUUUUGAAAGAUAUGACUUUACGGGUGAGAUGGCUCGAGUCAGUGCAAACCACAGAACACGAGGAGCUGAUUCCCGUUGCUUGUGGGAGAUUCAAAUAUGGGAAAACUGAGAACAAAAGCCUCCUUAUGUUUUCUCAUAAGAUGAAUCACAUCACACGUGGCAAAAACGUCACUAUAAUCCCGAGAGAAGGCGAGACAUGGGCUCUUUUCACAGAUUGGACCAAGGCUUGGAACAGUCACAGGGAGCAGCACAAGCCUCCUUACAAAUACGACUUUGUGGAAGUCCUGUCAGAAUUUGACAGUGAACAAGGCAUUGGAGUGGCUUACCUAGGGAGAGUGGAGGGAUUCACAUCAGUCUAUAAACUUGCUGCGCAACAUGGAAUUGUCCAAAUCAUGAUAGGAUCAGAUGAAAUGCUUAGAUUUUCUCAUAGAGUCCCGUCUUAUAAACUGAUUGGAGAUGAGGAAGAAGGAGUCCCAGCUGGAUAUUUUGAGCUAGACCCUGCUGCUAUUCCCCGAGCUUAUCUUAAAGCUACUAAGGUUGAAGAAGAAAAGAUUAGGAUAUAGUCUUGGUAUCAUAAGUCUGAUAUGUGUUCACUCUACUUCAUCUAUAUAAAUAAAUAUCAGGUAGAAUGCUUCCUUUUGUCAUGGCUGUUUUCACAGUUUCAUUGCUAAUGAAUGUAUCAGAUUCUUAAGCAGCUUUUGAUCCUUACUGCAAAUUACAUGAUCAUAUCAUAUAAAUGUAUGAAGGGAAUGAAUGCAACUCCAUUGGAGAGUUCUUGUGUAUA